AUGGAAAUUCACACCUUCCAAUCGGGCAUCGUCGGCUCGGCCAUCCUCACCCACAUGCUCAUCCAGCGCAACCGCCCCCUCAACAUCCCCACCACCGUCCUAAACCUAUCCGCCAGCUUCAACAAAACCUCGCCGCCCUUCACCGUGCCCUACGCCAUGUCCAAGGCAGCGCUGGAUAAGAUGACAAAGACGCUGGCCGGCGAACUUGGCCGAGAUGGCCAUCGCAUUAAUGGAAUCGCGGCGGGACCCACCUAUGAAUCGGCAAGACUUUUAUUUUCUUGCAUCUUUUUUGCGGUGACGCCGAUCGGGCGGAUGGUGUACCCGCAUGAGAUCGGAAACAUUGCCACUUUCCUGUGCAGCGAGUACGCUUCUGGAAUCAAUGGAGAGACCUUCAUCGUCGACGGCGGCCAAUCGACCGUCGCCUUCCCGCAAAACUUCUUCCACGACGUUCCCAACGAGCUGUGGCGGACCAUCAAGGACAAGAAGGCCUCCCGAAAGACGUGGACCCGGAUGAAUCGCCAAAUU